AUCGGCACCUCGCCAACUACAUCCACCUUGCCGGCGCCUCACUGUACCUCUUCAACUCUUUGGUGAUUCUUGGGCACUGCGUCUACAGCCUUAGCUUGGCCGCCGCCAUCAUGUCUUCUACAAUUGCUAUCCCGUCGGCUCGGGGCUCCAAGUCCAAUUACGGGGAGAGCUCUAAAGCUGCUUCAAGCUCCUCCUCGUCAUCAUCAUACUCAACUUCCCCACAGAACCCAGGAAUGAGCACUGCCUCGCCGGGACAGUCAGCUCAUCGCUCUUACUUGCAUCAUCGACGACCAAGCCUGCUCAGCACUUCCUUCUGCAAAGAUGAGUGCACCGUCAUCAACAUUGGUGACCCGGAUGGCCCGCCCCGACUGAUUUCCUAUCUGUCCUCCAGCCAGGGCUUUGUUUGGAAUCCAGAGAUUUUCCUACCCUCUUACGUUGAUUGCGACUACGUCCCGCUAGAGAAUCGACGAGAGCCUGUGCACGAAAUCCGACUCUCAGAUGACGAAAUCAAGAAUAUGCUACCGCAAUAGGUCAUGGCUUGGUCACGCUCGAGUCUCGUUGUUGCGGCACCACUCUAGCGAGAACACGACUAUAUCGUGCUA